AGCGCCUCUAAUAGAGCAUAGGUGAUUUUUUUUUUAUUCGCGUAGCUAGUUGACCAGUGCAGUAUACGAACUUGACAUCGGUCUAUCGAGGCCUAGUGUAAAUUAGACACAUUGAGUGCCGGAUUGAUAAAAAAUUUAAUAGACAGUAAAUAAUUUGAAAGAAAAAAAUUGUAUAAACAUUUUGGAUUUUAAUUUUUUUAAUUUUGGCCUUGAAUAUACAAUCGAUUAUUUAAUUUGUUAAUUAGUGAAUUUGUGUGAAGGUGAAAAACUGCAUUGACAUUAAUAAUAUUGAAUAAAUUAAAUUAUUAUUUAUUGGAUUAAAAAAUAUAUAUGUAAUAAUUAUAAAAAAAAAAAAACACAAAUUACAAAAAAAAACACUAUGGGAGAACGAGUAGAUGAUUUCAUUUUAAAUUAUUCUUGACCAUUAAAAUUAAAUAAAUGAAAUUAUAAAAAAAAGCAUAAAUUGCUUUUUAACGAAUGGAUAAUAUUGAUGAUAAUAAUAAUAUUAAAAUAAAAAUGAUUAUCAAAAAAUUUUAUACAAAAGAAAUAACAAAAUAUCCCUGAAUUUGAUGAAAUUUAUUUUUUUUUCACGAGCAAACACAAUCGAGUUGGGAAUUUGGAUUAAUAAUAUUUAAAAAAUUUAUUUAAAUAUCAUAAUUAAGGUUGAUAAAUUAUCACAACCGUUUCUGGUCGAGUCCAUGUGACAUAUUUGCAGUUUAUCGAUGCACGUUUCUAUGAGCGUGGCCUGAACAUAAUCCAAACCCAGCGAGUUCAAGGAUACAUAUUUAAAAAAAAAAUAAAAUAAUAAUUUAAAAAAAAAAUAAGAUGAGGAUAAAUUACAUUACAGCAGUUGCAAUUUUACUAGGAGUUGUCAACAUUUGCCAUGCAGAAUGUCAGACGCGAUCGGUGUACUGCUACGAGUGUGAUUCAUGGACGGAUCUAAGGUGCAAGGAUCCAUUCAAUUAUACCGCAUUGCCACGAGAUCAACCACCUCUUAUGACGUGUAAUGGUUGCUGCGUCAAAAUGGUCCGCAAUGCUAAAUCACCAUAUGAAAGUGUACGAAGAACUUGCACAUCACAACUACAAAUAAACUUGUUCAUGGUGGACCACGUGUGCAUGAUGGAAAGUACCGGCACUGGUCACAUGUGCUUCUGUGAGGAAGAUAUGUGCAAUAGUGUGUCCUCAUCCUCGUGUUCAAUAAUAACCCUCCUUAUAAUCCUAUCAACAACUUUUAUUCUCAGCUCGAUUAUAAAAAGCCCAAGCUUGCUUUGUAGCUCGCUGUGAUUAUCACCAUAAUAUCACUAAUCUAAUAUUUGUCUUUCUUUUUCUCCUUACUUAAUAAAUUUCCCAAUAAUUGAUGGUAGAAUAUCAAUCUAAAGUCAACACACAUUAUUUUUUAUAUAUUUUUUAUUAUUAUUAUUUUUUUUUUCAUGUAAAUAUUUAUAUAUAUAAUUAUAAUAUUAUUAUCAUGUAAAACACAUUUUUUUAUAUAUUUUCAAAAUAAUUUUAAAAUAAUUUUAUUUAUGGUGGGAUCAAUUAUUGAUGGGAUUAAUAAGGCUUGACAAUAUUAAAUUUUUUAAAUUGGAAUACAAAUAAAUAAAUAUAUAUAAAUAUAAUUCAUAUUUUACAUAAAAAAAUUAAUAAAUUAUUAGAAAAGUAAUUUAAAAAUGAAAAAAAAAAAACAAUUUUUUAAAAAUAAUUAAAAUGGUGCAAUUUAAAUAAAAACAAUGUGUGUUCACUUUGAUAAUUUAUUUUUAAUAUUAUUAAUUUAAAAAAAAGGCUCUCUCAUUAUCUACCAUCAAUGUUAUAUUUCCAAUCCAUAAAAUAUUAUAAACGAGAGGACAAAAUUAAUUACACUAGAAACGCUUUAGACGCGUAUUUUACACGGCGUGUUAAUUGGCAUGCCCACUAAACAAUAGUUUAAUAGUUGUCUUUUCACGUAAAUUACCAAUGGAAAGCACUCAAUUUAUUGUAAAAUUUUUUUAUUAGAAAAAUUUUAAUUAUUUAUUUAUUGAAAAUUUAAAUAGUGUAUUUAUUAGUAGUUAUUUAUUUUUUUAUCGAAAAAAAAAAUGACAAAAUUUGGCCAAUUUAAUUAUAAUUAAUUGAUUGAUGCUUUCAAUUGGUUGUAUUCAUAAUUUUUAAUUAAUGUAGAUAGUCAAUUAAUUAGAUAAAAAAAUUGUUAUGUGAGUAGAAUGAAAUCAUUAGAAGUGAAAAGUGUUUUUUCUAAUUUUUUUUUGUUUCGAUUUUGGGGUUUAUUCUUAGUCGCUUAUUUAUUUUCAUUUAUUUUAAUUUUUUUUUUGUGUGCUUAUUAUUUUUAUUUUAGAAAAUUAUCUAUCCUAUUGCGUGAUUUAAUCAUGCUUCCUUAAACCUGUAAAUUUUUUUUUGAAAAACUAUAUUAUUUAUUUCUUCAAGGUUUUUUUUUUCUUUAAAAAAAAAUAAUCACAUUGUAAUUUUUAUUUUUGUAAUUAAUUUUUAUUUGUGGAAAAAAAAUUUAUUUAAGCUGAACUUCGACACACCAAGUGAAACGCAAAUUUGUGAAAGUUCAUGAGCUAUAAAAUUUGAUAGAAUUUUAAUUUGAAAAAAAAUGAAAAAUAUUUUUUAACGUUCCUUUUUGGUUUUUACUUUUUUCUUUAUUUUUUUUUUGACUUUGGAUUUUAAAUUAAGCACCGACACUUUGCAUGCAACGCAUGCUAUUAUUAUUAUCAUUUAAAUAUAAUUUUUUUAUUUUGAUAUGGUUUGUUAUUUCAAAUAUUAGAGAUCUUCCAAAGUCUAAAGCUGCUCGUUCAAAAAUAAACCCAUGAAAAAAUUAAUUAAAAAAAAUACACAUUAUAUCUCUCAAAUAUUUUCAAUUACAACUAAAAUUAAAAAACUAAAAAUCCAAUUAAUAAAAUUUUUAAAUUACACAAGUAUAUAAAAUUAUAAUAUCCAAAAUUGUUAAUUAAAUUUUUUAAAUUUUAUCACGGUUAAUAUUAAAUAACAAGUAAUUUUAUUUCUUUUUGAACGAGUGGUAAUAAUCCACUUUCCAACCCAAUGAAAUAUUGAUGGUAUCAAACAGGACAAAAAAAAAAAAAAAAAGCACUAAAUGUGCCUUCAACUCAUGACUAGUUUUUCAUUUAAUUCAAUAACACAAAAAAAUGACAAGAAAAUUAUUAUAAUAAUUAUAAAAAAAUAUAAACAAAAAUAAACAAAAAUAAUGUGAAAAAACAUAAGUCUAGAGUUGAACGCGCAUGUCCUCACAGAAAGGCUAUAUUAAAAAAAGCCUUUUGCCAAAUGAACUUGGCGUUUCUAAAAUACAAUAGAAAUCGCGAGGUUUUUUUGGCAAGCCAUGCGGCUCGUGUUGCGUCAUUUGUUCAUUUUCGCACUCGCGUCUGCGAGGCCAUUCAGUUAUUUUAAAAAAAUAUAAUUAUUAUUUUAUUUUAUAUUUAAUAUUAUUAUUAAUUUUUUAAAUUGAUUACUAUUGUUGGUUAAAAUUAAUAUUUAAGUUAAAAAUAAUUUCGAUAAAUUUAUCAGGCAGUAAUUUUUUUUUAAAAAAAAAAAGAAAAUGGCUGUUGUAUUUAAUUUAAUUAUAUAAAAAUUAUAAAAUUUUAUUUUUUAUAUUGGUCAGUAUUUAUAAUUGUUUAAAAAAAAAAAAAAAAAAAUUGUUUUUCUUAUUUUUAUUAAGUAAGUAAUUAAUUUAAGUAUUUAAAUUUUUUUUUCGCGCGUGAUUUAAGUGCCUUAAUAUGAACGCGUGAUUUUUUUUAAAAUGAUAAAUUCAUAAAUAUAUAAAUUUUGUUAUUUUUAUUAAAUGUUUGGCCUCGCAGUCGAAUUAAAUCCACGUGCCAUGUGUGAGGUUACAA